CACGCGCAUGCGUAGAACAAGUGGGCGGAGUUUUCCAAUCGGUCAGGAAGAGGAGAAAGGCGGACACAGAACAUCAAGAGAUGGCUGCUAUCAGGAAGAAGUUGGUGAUAGUUGGUGAUGGAGCAUGCGGGAAGACCUGUCUGCUCAUCGUCUUCAGUAAGGACCAGUUCCCAGAGGUCUACGUCCCCACUGUGUUUGAGAACUAUGUGGCAGACAUUGAAGUGGAUGGGAAACAGGUAGAGCUAGCACUUUGGGAUACAGCAGGUCAGGAAGACUAUGACAGACUGAGGCCUCUCUCCUACCCCGACACUGAUGUUAUUCUCAUGUGCUUCUCUGUAGACAGCCCUGACAGUUUAGAGAAUAUUCCAGAAAAGUGGACCCCUGAAGUGAAGCAUUUCUGUCCAAAUGUUCCAAUUAUUCUGGUGGGCAAUAAAAAAGAUCUGCGCAAUGAUGAUCACACCAGACGAGAGCUUGCCAAAAUGAAACAGGAGCCGGUUAAAUACGAAGAUGGCAAAGAGAUGGCGAACCGCAUCAGUGCCUACGGCUACCAAGAGUGUUCUGCCAAAACCAAAGAUGGUGUGAGGGAAGUCUUUGAGAUGGCAACUAGGGCAGCACUGCAGGCCAAGAAACGUGGCAAGAAGUCCAACUGCCUUCUGUUAUAGGCCCUGGGUGAAGAGGGAGCUGCCUUCAAGCACAGAUAGAUAGGGCAGCUUCCAACGAGAUUUGACAGGGAAAAAUUGGGGAGGGGCCAAAAAACGUUUUGCAAAUGCUCAAUUUCUUAUUAACCAUUUAUCCUCAGCAAAUUAAAGCAGGUCUUAAAUUAUUUGAUAGGCUCCUACACCUUGGUCCUCGGUCUAUAUAUUGGAUUAUGUGCCAUUUUCCUCUCCUAUCAAAAUAACUUUCAAAUCUAUGAGCAGGUGGUGAGGAGCAAUUUUCAGUUGAGUAGAUGUAAACAGGGUUAAAAUGUGCCAUGAUGGGAAUGAAGAGAGAAGGGUCCUUACCAGGCCAAAGACAAUGGGGAAAGGAGAGAGAGAGACAGAUAAAGACAAAAUACAUGAACAUAGAAUUGGUUUGAAUUAAGACCAUGUCGAAGUGGAUUUUACACAGUAGUGCCUUGAGAGCAGCGGUCAAGAAGAGUAAGUUGUGGAGUUAGGGAUUCAUAACUAAGAUGUGGUAUUAUUGUGUCAUUGAUGGUGUCCACACAUCACAUUUGUGAAUGCUUUCCCCCUGUCAUUGGCUUUGCUCCUUCAGGCCCAUAUUUUGACUCAGGCGCUAUGCAGGGGUAUGCCUAAACUAGAUUGUAUGAGAUAUUUUCCCAUACUGACUUACUUACCUGUACUUUAGAGAGUGUGUGUGUGCGUGUGUGCAACUGUAUGGUGGUUUGCUUUCUCCAGUGCAGGUCUGCAUGCAGUGAAUGUGUGUAUAUUUUGUGUGGGUGUGUAUUAACAUAUGUGUCUAUGUACUGUAUGCAUGGAAAGGUCUACUGCGUUACUGACCUAACCCCCUUGUUUCCAUGCCAAAGUUACCCAUGAUGGCCACAUUUUAUGGCUCAGAUGGGUAAUGGAAUUAAUAGCUACUCAGAGUGACAUAAAAACUUUCACUUGACUGGAAGGCAUUGUACUAUAUCUAGAGGCACAAUCAGGUUAAACAUAUGAGUUUUUAGGACCUUUUUUGUGUGUACCAGAGAUUCAUUUGAUGUGUUAAUCAGUGGGUCAAAUCAUGAGUGGUGUAGUUGAUGAGUUGGAUAUUCUUUCAGAUAGACGAUAGGCUUAUCUUAUUACUAUAAUGUCUACCAUGUACUGUAUGUCUUACAUGGCUUUGUAAGGACAUGUUAACGUGUAUUUCAAAUUUGCCUUUUACUCAACUCCUUCUUUAAUGAUAUUGUCAUUAUUGUACUAUAACUUUUUAUCGUAAUUUUCUUAGUAUAUUUUAAUCAGUUUACUUAAUCCUGCUGUUAUGAUCAGCUUUUGUCAGUUAAAUGAUAAAUUGUAACCGUCGUAUUGUUUAGUUAAUUGAAGUUAAAGCUUGGGGUGCAAGGCUGAAAUUCUUUGGAGAUGGGCCUUUUUUCUUUUCUUUUUUUUGUAUUGUGAUAUAUUAUGGUUUUUGUUUAUGCAUUUUUUUCCCCUCAAAUAAAGCUGAUAUUAGGGUU